CUCUAAAUGGUGCCAGCUGCGCAUUUCAGGCGGCUAGGAAACCGUUUUGGCAGUUUUGGCUUUAAAAGCCCAGCGGGAACAUGGGUGACAUGAGCUUGGGAGCAAAUGUAGACGAAUGCUGAAUAGUUUGACCAGCGUGACUCAGUUGCAUUUUAUUGCUCGCAAUGGCUUCGGGGAACAGAUGCGCGGCGGUCUGGUGCCGCAGGCGCUCGGAACCUGAAAGCGGCAUUUCCUUCUUCAGGUUCCCUCCGAACCGCAAGUACUCCAAUCAAUGGAUCGAAUACGCAAACAACCCGAGGAUCAAGGAUGUUACAAACGAGCAGCUGGUCCAAUUCAGGUUGUGUAGCCUUCAUUUUACACCUGACAUGAUCCUGAAACCAGGGCCGACAUCAUGCGGCAUAAGAAGGUCUCUUAAAAAAUGUGCCGUGCCUACCGUCCCUGUGUAUGACCCGGAACUGAGACCAUUUGUUCCGCCACAGUUCUACAAAGGACCAGUGGGACAAGAUGGUCCACACUUGUCUUCAGCAAACGUUCCACCCCACACAAUCUCUUUACCUGCCUUACCUCCCCUUAAAUCGUUGUUCCCCGCUGCAUCCCUUGCCUCCCCUCCAUCCCCUCUGUCCCCAACUGCACCCCCAUCCCCUGCUGCACCCAUGUCCCCAGCUGCACCCAUGUCCCCAGCUGCACCCAUGUCCCCUGCUGCACCUCCAUCCCCUGCUGAACUCCCGUCCCCUGCUGGAUCCGUGUCCGCUGCUGAACCUCCAUCCCCUGCUGCACCCUUGUCCCUUGCCAUCACCUCUGGUCAAUUCACACUUUUGACACUGAAGACAGAAGAUUUCGGAGGCUCUUCAAAGGAGCUCUCACAGCAGUCAUCAGCAGGUCCAGAGGAAGUCUGUGAACACGAAGACGAGCACUCUCUUAACACAUCAGCGUCCUAUGACCAUUACGACCAUGCAUACUGCAAAACUGUCCUGUAUUUGGAGGAACUAGUGUCUGCUUCAAUUGCACACUCAGCCAUUUGCAAACAGCCCGGACAGUGUACACUACAGCAUUGCAAGACAGAUCUUAAAGGCAAACCAGUCAAAAGUGGUGGGACCACGCAGCAGCAUCCAGGCCCCACGCAGCAGCAUGGGACCACACCAACACCCAGAAAGCGUGGUCGCCCCCCUUUGCAUCGAAAUGACCAGUGGUACUUAAAUUUGACCAGGCAGCCCAGUAAUGGGCAAGUGACCACUCCCCUACUUCUUCGCCAACCCCAGCAGCCGUCAAACAUUACGAACGACCCUGCAAGUGAAGUGUCCAAGGAACUACUGCAAAAUGAUAGAAAAAGGAGGAGGUGCCAUUAUUGGGUAGGGAGGUCUCAUCUCGUACGUGCCACCUCAAGGUAUCAUAGGCCAGCAAGGCCUGUCAUGACCCGUGAAAAAAUUGCGUCAGAAGCCGCCAAGUAUGUCAGCAAAGAAUUUCUGGACGUCCUGCGCGCCAAACUUCGUCUUCCAUCCAUCAACAGGGUCAAGAAGAAGCAAGCAAGUUGUUCUGGCAAGCCAUCCAGGGCUGAGGGACAAGGUGAAUGCAAGCAGUGAACAACCAACAGGGGCAGCCAUGCAGUCAAAGGAGUUGCAACUGCUAGACCAUGGCAAUAUGACAGCAUGUGAGGUUGGAAUGCUGGUUUCACUUGAUCCCAGGUCCCUGGCUGAGCUCAUGUUUUUACAAGCAACAUGGAUGGUUCAACUGCAUCAGCGCAAAUUUUUUGUAGACCAGUUUCUGCACAAUCAUCGCAAACUAUAGCUGCGGUUUUAUGCUGUGCUUCUUGUCAGAACACCACACACUGAACAUUGCUUGAGUGCGAGCGCUAUUUGCAUUAACUACCUAGUUCUGCCAUUAAGAUCACAGAGAUAUCAGUGAGAUUUUAAGUUAUUGGCUUUGAAUGAUUGUUUGCUAUACAAGUAUGCACCACUGAACUUCAUUUGCUUGGUCACAUUGUCUUUGCUGACUGUGUUGGACUUUCUUCUUCUUUCUGGGGUUUUACGUGCCAAAACCAGUUCUGAGCUGCAUUCUGUGUCUCAUCCAUCUCGGUUGAAUUCAUUGUUUUGUAAAAUACAAUGAUGCUGCUACUGGAAUCAUUGAGAAAGCAGCAUUAUGAAAUUUCAUCUUCAUGCUAGCCACAUAAAUUGAAUGUCACUUCAAUAUGCUUGUCCUGGUAGGGUUUUGCAAAGUGCAGCGAUCACUUUCAUAAGUGCAAUUAAAAAUGCCGUUGAAUAAUAUGAUGUGCAGGCACUGCAUGUGCUGUAUAUGUUGUGAAUAUGAUACUCUGAAACACAUUUCGUAAAUAUAUUUAUAUGGUGAAAUAAAAUAUAGGAGUGAAAGAACACUGAAAUAUGUACAGUUCAAAGCUUUUCAAUAAAAAGUGAAAUU